GAAAAUAUGGACUUAGUUCCAUAUCUCUCAAGGGAACCUUCCGGUGAACGUGCUUAAUAUUUGGAACUCAGUAAAUCUCUGCAUAAUACUCCAGUACUCCAAAAUCAAUAUCAUGCCCUAUCUCGAGCCCCCAACCCGACCAGCAUCCGCCCGAUUCGGCCUGCCCAACUCAAAGCUCCCAUCCGAUAUUGACCCUUCCUACUUCCUUGUUUACAUCCCUGGCGAGCCUGAGAGGAAGCGUCCUCAAGAGGUUCUUGACAUCGAGCUGCACGAUCUGCGAGAUGAACUUGAUAAGCCUGAAGGGGCCGGGGAAGUGCAUGAGCAAGUAUACAAAAGGGGUUUCGCAAUUGCCAAGCAUCAGAGUGAGCUUGUGAAUAAAGUCGGGGAGCUUGAUGGGGCACAAGCAUAUCUCGAUGAAACAUGCGAGUUAAUGAAAAAGUAUCUUGGAUGCUCUAAAGUAGUCCAAUGGAACUCCACUGUGAGACGAGCAAAUGAAAAGCAAGCCAAGACUGUAGAACGUCAGCAGGGUCCCGAGAAAGGUUUUGUUCCUACUACCAGGAUUCAACCUCCAGCUGCCCAUGCUCAUGUUGAUCAAGAUGAACUAUGGGCACCCCAAGUCGUGCGCAUGGCUAUAGGUGAAGAUCCUUCCAAAUUCAAGCGAAGCAUGAUCGUAAACAUCUGGAGGCCCCUCAAAGGGCCAGUAACAGGCUCCCCCCUCUGCAUGCUUGAUUUUAGAACCGUCAACUCGGCCGACAGCUCUAAACAAGAGUCCCAAUUUGGGACCGGAAUCCAAAUUCAUCAUAAUCCUUCGCAGAAAUGGUGGUAUAUCCGUCAUCAAAUGCCUGACGAGAUUGUCGUACUGCUUUGCUACGAUAGCGAUCAAGGAAAGGGAGGCGGAGCGCUGUACGCAGGCCACGUUGCUGCAGAGAUUGAUGAUUCGGAAGGGGUCGCUCCCAACCUAGUGGCCCCAAGAGAAAGUAUUGAGGUCAGAAUGGUAGCUGUUUGGGAUUAGCUUCGUAGGAGUAUGUAUGCAUGUUUUUCGGUUCGAAGUUGUGUGCUAUGGAGAGUAUCCAUGUUGCUGCCAUGGCGUUGUGUCUUUCAUCAGUAACUGUAACUCAUCAAAAAACUUGCAGUGUGCCGUAUCCUUUUUUUAAGUCAUGGCGUUCGGUGGCGUCGUAGUGAUGUGAUAUGAAAGAACACGCAUGAGUUACAACCAUAGUAGUCGUCAGUUUUCUGCAGAUAACCAUUUUUUGAGAUGGUUUUUA